UACACACAAGCAAUGGCAUUGAUAGGCUUCUUUGAAAUCAUCUUAGCAAUCAUUUCUUACUCGAUUGGCUUCUGGUUAAGCAACCGCUAUGAGCUCGUAAUGAACUGGCCAGUGCUGGGAAUGCUUCCUGGUCUUUUGAGUAACGUACACCGGUUCCAUGACUGGGCUAAGGACGUGAUGGAGCGAUGCGGAGGCACUUACCACUUUAAAGGUCCCUGGUUUAGUGGCAUGGAGAUGAUUGGCACUGUUGAUCCUGCCAAUGUCAAGCACAUCAUGAGUACCAACUUCUCCAACUAUCCUAAGGGUCCUGAAUACAAGGAAAUAUUCGACGUUUUUGGAGAUGGGAUUUUCAACUCUGAUUUUGAUUUGUGGAAGCAUCAGAGAAAGACUGCUGUUGCACUCAUCAAUCAUGACAAGUUUCGUGGAUACCUCUUGAAGACAGUAAGUGAAAAGGUGGAAAAAGGGCUCAUUCCAAUUCUUGAAAAUAUCUGUAAGCAUGGCCAAACAGUAGACAUGCAAGAUUUGAUUCACAGGUUUACAUUAGAUGUUACGUUUAUAUUGAUUACAGGAUAUGACCCAGAAUCUCUAUCCAUUGAAUUCACUGAAGAUGAGGUUGCAAUUGCCUUGGAUUAUGCUGAAGAAGUCAUAUUCUACAGGCAUGUUUUGCCAAAAAUAUUUUGGAAGUCACAAAGGUGGCUAGGGUUUGGGAAAGAGAGGAAGAUGAGAAAAGCUUGGGAAACGCUGGAUCGUGUAGCAGCCAUGUAUAUAGAAAGGAAAAGGGAACAACUCAAACAAGAGUCCAUAAAAUCAGAAGAUUUGUUGACAUCAUACAUCACUAAUAAGGAAGAAAUCCUGAUAUCAAAAACGGAGAACGAAUUUCUGAGAGACACAGUCUUAAAUUUUCUGAUUGCAGGACGAGAAAAUUCCUUGGCUUGGUUCCUUUGGCUUAUUUCAAAGAACCCACGAGUUGAGGCCAAGAUUAGAGAAGAGCUGAAAUCAACCAUAGCUCCUGAAACUGAAGCUGAAUCUGGGAAGCUGCAACUCUUCGACCUGGAAAAGGUAAACAAGCUAUUCUAUCUACACGGCGCUUUCUGUGAAACCUUAAGGCUGUACCCACCAGUUGCGUACGAGCACAAAGCUCCUCUGCAACCAGACAUCCUUCCAAGUGGCCACAAGGUCGAUUCAAAGAUGAAAAUUUUAUUAUCAACGUAUGUGAUGGGGAGAAUGAGAUCCAUAUGGGGAGAUGACUGCUUAGAGUUCAAGCCGGAAAGAUGGAUAUCAGAGCGAGGCAGGAUUAUACAACAAUCACCAUACAAAUUCCUAGCUUUCAAUGCAGGUCCAAGGACUUGUCUUGGGAAGGAGAUUGCGUUCACUGAAAUGAAAGCAAUUGCUGCAGUUGUGAUCCACAACUACAAGAUUGAGGUAGUGGAAGAACAUCCUGUAGCUCCAAAUUCUACCUCCAUUAUCCUUCACAUGAAACAUGGAAUGAAGGUUAGGAUUAGCAGGAGAUUGGCUUGAGUAUUCUAAUCCCGAAAAAUUCUCGUCUAGACUGUGUGAAGUAAUUUCCUUUCCCUAAAUAUCUAUGAUUAUUAUUAUUUUGCAUUUAUUGUGGUGUGACGUUUUCUGUUUUCUGUUUUCAGCUUAGCAUUUCAUCACGCAUUUCUAGGUUCUUGUUGAGAAUAAUAAUUAUAAUAUGUCUCCUAUAAUAAAUAUAUGUUUUUGGUGUGUUUUACUAAUGG